CAUGCGUAUCGUUGUACCGGCCGAUGUAAUAAGACAAAACACACAGGUACAGCAGGUCAUUGAGUGUUCCAACAACUGAAAUUUUGGUUUUCKAAAUUCUUGAAAAUAUAGCUUUCUGAAAAGCUGAAUAAAAAACUUAGAUUUGUAGCCGUGAAAAAUGUCGUGGUAARUUUUCUUGUCAAAGAAAAAGAAAUUGAAAAAUGGCCGCGGCAGCGGGAAAGGAAUUCGAGGAAGAGACCGUCGACAAAAUUCACGGUCAAGAGWCCAAGGAUGAACUAACUUUUACGGUAGAGGACGCUAUUGAGAACGUUGGUUACGGCAACUUUCAGCUCAAGCUGUUGUUUGUAAUUGGCUUUGCUUGGAUGGCCGACGCUAUGGAGAUCACUAUCCUCGCUAUUAUGUCCCCAGCUCUUCGAUGUGAUUGGAAGCUGUCUACAUGGGCUGAAGCAAGUAUAAGUACGGUUGUGUUCUCUGGGAUGAUGAUCAGCACGUGUUUCUGGGGCUAUUGCGCAGACAAAUGUGGUCGAAGAAAGGAGUUAAUUUGGUGCACCAUCGUUAUCUUUAUUGGUGGUUUCCUGAGUACUUUCUCGCCAUCGUACAUCUGGAUGAUAAUUCUGAGAGGAAUCGUUGGACUCGGUCUUGGAGGAGUGGCACAAGCGGUGAACUUGUGGCUGGAAUUUCUUCCUCUAAAAAACCGCGGUGGUCUCAUUACAGUGUUAAUGAUAUCGUGGUCAGUGGGUACAUGUAUCGAAGUUGCUCUAGCUGUUGUUGUCAUGCCAACGCUGGGAUGGAGGUGGUUAYUGUUCCUAUCAUGUCUACCGCUGAUCGUAUUACUGGUUCUAUUGAAGUUCAUCCCCGAAUCACCUCGCUUCUUGGUCAGUUCAGGUGAGAAUGMCAAAGCUCUGGAGAUUCUACAAAAGGUUGCAAAAGAGAACAGUGCUCCGCUGCCUCCUGGAAAACUCGUCGCUUCUAAAUCACAUGAAAGUGCGAACCAAACCACUUUCCUGGAUUUAUUUUCUACCAAGUACAKAAGGUCAACACUUCUGAUGUGGUUUAUUUGGUUCAGCAGUCAUUUCAUUAUCUACGGCAUAGCUCUCAUCACGACGGAGAUGUUUUCACGUGAGGACAAAUGUCGAGGGAUUCGAAUCAGCGACACGACCAUGCGCAAACACGAUGGCUGCAAACCGCUGGACACUCAUGAUUACCUUCACUAUUUUGUUAUUAUGUCUAGUGAUUUGUUAGGUAUAGUGCUAUGUCUGGCUACAAUCGACAGAAUAGGAAGAAAGAAUGUACAGGCGCUGGCGUUUGUCGGUAGUGCUAUUUUCCUGGCUGCUCUUUUUAUAUGUACAAAAAGUCGCAUAGCAACCACCUUCUUUCUUUACGGUGCGCGUUUGUUUGUAAGUGUUGCUGACUUGGCGGGCUACGUAUAUACACCUGAGAUAUAUCCUACCAGUAUUCGUGGUAUAGCUYUAGGAACCUGUAAUGGCAUUGCUAGAGUCGGCUGCAUGAUUACACCAUUCGUUGCCAUGGUCUUGAUGCCAGAAGCCACUAGCGUAUCCAUCGGUCUGUACUUCAGCUUUGCAGCAGCUGCAAUUAUUGCUGUAGUUUUGUUGCCAUUGGAGACAAAAGGUCGCGCUUUGCAAGAUGGUUAGCUUUGUAUAGUGACUAGUCGAAGASUACGAAUCCACAUUCGACAAACAUCUUUAUUGAGGAAAUACUUGUCACAUAUUACUGGAAAGUUGUGGAGCAACAAGUGAUACUAGAUGAUGAACAAAGCGGAUAGUCAAUGAUGACGAUGCAUAAUUUGACGAUGRCCAGAAUCAUGAUGAUGAUCAUAUAUGAUGGUGAUGAUGACGAUUGUCAUGACAGUGGCAUAAAUUCCCCAAGGUACAGCGAUUCUAACCAGGGCGGGUACAGCGAUUCUAACCAGGGCGGGUACCAUGGUGACGUACCAGUCGAAUAUUGCUCGAUAUGCUUGCUUGUCACGGCAAAGAUGGCAAUUUUUCAUGAAGAAUCCCCAAACCAAACGAAGAUGGUUUGUGCAAUAAUGCUGUUUUCGUGCAUGCUCAAAGUGAUUUUUUUCUAGAUGUCUAUCAACCUUAGAUGGAAAACACAAUAAAUAAAACAGAUCAUGUACAAUAUCACGUGGUSAGAAUUAAAGAAAAUGUUUUUGUAAAAUUGUUACGAUUAUUAAAUUUGAUAGUACGCAUAUAGCCUUUUAAAGAUUGCUAAACCAGUCGCUAUAAAGAGGGGAUUAACAAAAAAACCCGCACGUUUUUCUAUGGUGCAUUCUUAUUGGAGGAAGGUACACGAUUCCAUUCUCUGCAACAAUCUCAGUCUCCGUUUCAGUUUC